CCUUAUGAUUAUAAAUUGGUGUCAGCCAUGCUAAUAUAUUUAGGUACCUAGGUACCUAGGUAACUAUAUUGUGGGAUUAAUUCCAUUUGCCGAAUAUUAUAUACUAAUGUAUAUAUCUACGGAUUAACACUCAUAACACAACAUUCAUAAGAGAACAACCUAAUAUAUUUCUGAUACUGUAAUUUGAUACAAUACAUCCAGGUAAGAGAAUGUAAGAGCGGUGUAAGAAGAAUGCCAAUCCAGCACAUGGCUAAGAAUAUUCAUAAACUAACCAAUUACAUCGUCGUUCAUCUACUAGAUUAUAAAGCAGCUGACGUAUUCCGUCUUAUUAUAACAGGCAUUAGCUUAGGACUACUAACAUAUGUAGCCAUGGAAUACUAGCGAAGAAGCUAUCUUAGUGGAGAAAACUGUCUAUAUAAGCGGGAACUUCAUCAAUCCAGUCAAGUAUAAUACAGGAGAUUGUACUUACAAAAAGUGUUACCACCUGAGAAAAUAUACCUCAUUUAACAAGAGCUGAGGACCGAGAGGCGAACAAUUUGCGACUCACAUUUUGGUAAAUCUCUACAAAAUGUCAUCACCUUCGAGAGAACAACUCUUAGAGACUGCCAAGCUCUUCAUAGAGGCGUUCAACGAGUUCACACCCGAAUCAGUCGUGCGAUACCGCAGUCCUACGUGUAAGCAUCGACUGCUUCCGGCAUCCCUAAACUCGCCGCCACAAAGCAACGCCGAGUUCGCAGGCUUCAUAGCAGCGCUAAAUGCCAUUAUGCCAACGUUUCAUCUCCGGAUCGUUGAUGGAGGAGAACCAGUGGUAGACGAAGUCACUCGUAAGGUCGUAUUGCAUUUGAAGUCGAGGUCCGAGACGGCCAUUGGGCCAUAUGAAAACGAGUAUGUUUGGAUCUUAACAUUGAGCAAGGAUGGUAAACUCGUGGACGAUAUUUUGGAAUUCGCGGAUAGUUUAUAUACUAGCGACCAAAUACCGAAGCUGAAGAAAGCGGCCGAGGACGCAGCUAAGAAGUGAGGAUAGAUCUUAGUUAGAUUAUCAAGGCGAAUAGAGGGGACUUUGAGAAAUGAGGAGUAUGUUGAAAUGAAUGGCCAAGGGACUAUGUCAUAUAUAUAAGAAGGACCUCCCUACUCACUCAUACAGUUGAUAGACUAAGUCAAUAUACAAGUACAGCUCAUAUACCGCAUCUUUCAGCAUAGUACUAGUACCAUCGGCCUAGUGCCUCGCCUUUCCUCACCGAGAGCCCAACUGAAAGCUUCCGUUUUUUUCUACUGGGUCUAUUAGGUAUAUUAGUAAAUGAGGAGCUAUCGAAGACUUACGUACGGCCCAGUGCCCAGAUGCUCCGGAAACCAUGCGGGCCGGAACAAGAUCCACUGCAAGCUCUGUGACGGCCCGAGUAGUUUGCCACACCGACCAUUUCUAUUACUAUUCUGCGCCGGUAGAUCUGCAUGAAUAUCCCGCAGCUAAAAGGGUACAUUAUAACUGCUGUGGAUAACAAUCAGGUAUAACGACCGAAACCCAGUAGUUAUAUCAUUAUCCUAUGUUGUGCUUAAAUACUUUAGGUACUUAUUGGACGCAAACGAAUUCAUCAUUAUCACCAUCUUCAA